AUGGAGUGCAGCAGAUGUCACGGCAAGAAAUCCUCCUCGGACUUUCCCGCGCGGAUAGUCGGAUGCGAGCACCCGCCCACUGUCUGCUUGACUUGCCUGGACAAUCUCUUGCCCAAAGACAAGACCUUGUCAGGCAUGUGCCCUGAAUGUGGACAUUUCUUGUCCACCGCGGAGAUACAGAAAAUCAGGAGGCUCAUGAAGCAUUGUAACCGCGAGUGCGCGGUCUUUCGUGAUCUCGAUCUACUCAGCGCGAGAGAAGAAGAGGUCAAGAGGCAGGCCGAGCUGGGACUGGACUUGCCCCAGGAGGGCAGAGUGGAGGUCUCUGUGCUCGAUGGACGCCGGCUCACACUGUCCCUGUCGCGUAGAAUGCGGCUCAGCGAGGUGAAGGCAGAGAUCAGAAGAGGCUUACACGUGCCGGAAGGGAAGCAGCGCCUGCUUUUCAGAGGGCGAGACCUGACGGCAAGCCAUGAGGGAGAUCCGCACUGGAGUUCGUUGGGAGUGCCUUUUGGCGAGGUGAUCCAGCUCGUCAUCAUCAUGUAUGAGACAGAGUCCAACAGCCGGGCCAGUACCGUGAGGCGGCUCACCUUCGAGCUGAGCUGGACGGCUGUGCCCACGCGGCUCAGGUCUGGGAAGAUCACGACGCACCACCUGAAUGGCAGCUGCAUCCUGAUGGACAGCGCCUGCAGCGUACUCGGGGAGGUGGACUUCCAGAGGACGCGCUCGAGUGGAAUCAGCCACGGAGGACCGUCCUCCAUUAGGAACCCGCGGCAGCUCAUUACUGUUGACACAGCGGAGCUGCCGUGGAAUUGCCGAUACUUGUUCUUCACCCUCAGCGCCUUCAAACCUGGUGGGGUGACACUGGAAAGCUUUCAGGAUCCAUCGGUUCGCCUGAAGAAUGCCGUCACGAUGGAGCAGCUAGCGAGCUACAAUGCGAGUCGAUCUGGUCGCGAGGAGGCAGUCGUCCUAUGCUGUGCCGCCAAAGACCCGACCGGUGGUCAGUGGCGGGUGCUCGAGGUCGGAGUGCGGAGUGAUGGCAAUGCGAAGUCCUAUGGCGCCCUGCAUGCCACGGUCCGACAACUG